UUCACCCAUUUUGUUUACUAUUGAUUUGUGUCCGGCCCAUGCUGUAUACCGACUUUUUCCACUCUGACAACCUCUAUAUAGGUAUGGUACUAAUAAAACCCAGCCUUAUGGUUAGCAGCGAAGCCAAAUAAUACCUCCAAGAUGUAGAUAAAGGACGCAAACAGUAAUGGAGAUGAGGGGCCGCCCGAGCACCGCUGAUGGAGACGCUGGCAAGUACCCAUGGACUAGAGGGUGGCGUGGGGGGCAGCAACGGUGGUGGGGGGCGGCAACAGCAGCAAUGUCACGAUGCGAUGGUCCAGCCACCAGCCUCCCAGACCCCUCUGCUACCAGUGCCCCCCCCACCACUACCCCCUGCUGCCUCACCCUCUCACGUAGCUGCAUUGGGGCCAGUUCCUGUGAGACUGUGACUGUCAGGUGGUCUAUGCCCCCUGACCGUGCUGCCUCACCCCAUGACUGGCUGGGCCUCUAUGUAGCAGGAGAGAGUGAAGCUGAGAGGUGCCUCGACCAGCGGAGGUGCAGCGGCCAGCCUCAGGGGGAGGUGUCCUGGAGCCUUGAUGUGCCAGUUCUUCUCCCCAGAAAUGUUGGGAGUGUAGAGGUGCGGUACCAGCGUGGGGAGGGUGCUGCCGUCACCUGUCUGGGGGUGUCAGCAGUACUGCGUGUCGUGAGGCUCAGUGACGGUUCUGCUUCAGAUUCCUCCGAAGAUGAGGCUCUCCUCCACCCGUCCCUAACCCUCCAGCGUUGCAUCUCCUGCACCAGACUCAUUCGCUUCACCAUCUCCAACUUUGCCGCCCAUGGACUGCGAAGGGGAAUAUUCUUCCAGCCAGAUCCCUAUGUGAAAUUGCGCAUUCUUCCUGGAGAGUCCCAGACACUCUUGCCACAUCACGGGCAGGAGGCGCGGUCUUGUGUAGCUGAGAAUACCGUCAACCCUUCCUGGAAGAGGCAGGAAUUCACUUUUAUUGGUUACCUCCAUGAUGUCUUAGAGAUUGAGCUCAAGGACAAGUUUGCCAAGAGCCGGCCAAUAAUCAGCCGCUUUCUUGGCCGUCUCACUAUUGAGGUGGCCACACUCAGGGAGCGCCUCAAGAGCGGAUCAUCGGGACACUUAGACUUCGCACUGGGCAGUAAAAGUACAGGAGAGUCAGUGUCUGGUCACGUGUACUUCACUGUAACCUUCACUUUGCCUCCUGCAACUAGUGCAGCUUGUUCUGGCCACGGAGGGCUUGAGUGCCCAGGGGAGUUGGACAGGAUGAGGCUCAAGAGUGAGUCUCUUCUGGACUCCCAUGGUGAUCAGGAGCUCAUUAGUAAUGGCCAUGUGGGGUUCAGGAAAAACCCACUUAAGUCCAACAACAACAGUUCAUCUGCAUCCUCAAUGAGCAAUGGUAUGGGAAGCAGCUUUGGGGAGGAGGAGGUGGCUGUCAAUGGGGAAUCAGGCCUUGGGGAGGCUAGGCUGGACAAUGGGCAGGACUACACUAGCUCCAGUAGUAGGGAGUCAGACUACUCCCCAAUCUGGAAAUACUCUUGCAAAGUUCCUAAUGUUACCAGUAAAGGAAAAGUCACUGAAAACAGAGGUGAAGAAGCCAUAUAUGAAACAGUGUAUCCAGCAGAGGACUAUCAGACUCAAGAGGGGGAAGUACCAGAGGCAGGUCCUGUUCUUCCCCAGAGUGAUGAGGACUCCCCACCACCCCUUCCACCACGAACUAAGUCCCUCAUGAAGUCCUUCACUGAAAUGGGCCAUCGACCUUUGGCUCGCUCCAUGGCUGUUCAACUGGGCCUUGCUCCCACAUUCCCCACAGUGGUCAGGAAACGGCCACUGCCACUUCCGGAUCCUCCAGGAGGUGAUCAAAUGGUGCCAUUGAAUGGAUCUGUUAAGGAUAUGAGUAGUGCUGGUGAGCCCAGUGUUCGACCCAAAGCUCCAGUGCUCAGUGCCAGCUCACAGUCCAGUUGUGAUAGUGAGAGUAGUGGAGCAAGCUAUGGAGAUAGCAAGAGAAUGCAGUAUCCUUUAGAUGGGUCAUUUUCUUAUGAUAUUGUGGACUUAGAUGAAGUUUUACAGAUUUCAGAAAUGUCAUAUAAUCAAACUGAUACAGAUAGUCAGUGCCAAGCAGGAAAAUCUUUAACUCAGGGACCUAGUUCAUCUUUGCAAUCUUCUUCUUGUGCUUCCAUGGAAAGUGAUCCCUCAGAGGACAUAGCAAGACCUUCCACAUUCAGUGAUGCACCAGAGGAAGUAAUGGAUUCAGUCAGUGGAGGAAGUGUGAAAAACAGAUCAUGUGCCACAGUGGCACCACUAGCAACACCAGAGCAGGACUCUAGUCUCCUUCAAGAAACAGCUUCUACAGACACAUUACUGGAGAGCUCAGAAGUGCUAGACCUUGAUGGGAGCAAAGGCUGCAGUGGAAGCUCAUAUAUACCUAAAGUAACAGAUAGUGAGUGUAGUGUUAUACCAAGCAGCGCUCAGAAUGCUUGUGCAGAAAGCUUUAAUAUUAAGGAACACUCAUUCCCAGAAAUAGCAAAUAACCAAAGUGAUUCUUUAUCUAGUCCAAUAAAUGUAACAUACAUGUAUGGUGUGACGGCCAGUGCUCAAGAAAGGCGGAGUUCAUUUAUAGGAAAUCUAACUGGUGAUAGUGUUAACCAAACAAUUGUAUGUGCAGAUAAUGUCAAUACUCAUGAUGAUAGUGAAGUAAGAACACAUGCAAAUUUGUCACGAUGCAAAUCAGAUUCAGUGCACUCAGAUGUCCCAGACCAAGAAGUGACAUCAGGGUUGAGGGUGUCCAGGGAGGGCUCAGUGUCUGGCAGGUCACCAUCUCCUAGACUCAGUGACUCACUCCAAGUAUCAAGUUCCACCUCAGAGUCAAUCUCUCCUGCUGGGGGUUCCACUUCUUGUUCCUUGUCCUCCCAGGCAGGGGAGGAUGGCAGGAGGGGAUCAGAGUCUACUUGUAUGGUUGUAAGCACUGGAAGUUCCUCCUCCAAUUCAGUGUUUGCCAGUCCAACCACAGAGACUAAUGAUUUAGACCUGGUGUCAUUGGUUUCUGCAGCACAGUUUGUAGACAUGAACAUUCCAUCAGGGACUUCUAGAGAGCCUCAGACUCCUGGGCAGGAACCUGUAGAAGCCAGUGUGCGGCCAAGGAAGGAUUUGUCUACCCAGGUUCCCACAGUGAAUGAUGGGGAUGAUGACAUUCCCCCAGCUGUGCCACCUCACAAGCCUCACCAUUGCCUGUUGAAGGCUUUGGUGCAUCCACCUCUGUGCCCUCCUACUCCAACACAUCGUGCCAAGCCACAGCCUCCUGAGCGUACCACCAGUGACAGGCGAGAGAGGGACACCAGUGGCUUUGGAAGGGAAGAAGCUUGGGAAAGGGAAGACAAGUCUCUCCCAUCUCAUCAUCCCAAGUUAUCUCGACAGCCAUCUCUCAGGGAUUGGCUGAAAAAAUAUCCUAAAGUUGAAGUAGCAUUUGAUGAACCAUUACCAGCCAAUGUUGAGGCCCGGAAAGACAGUCAUGGCAGAAUAUUUUUCAUUGACCAUAUCGCCAAGACCACUUCAUGGGAGUGGCCACCCCCUAAGCCCCUUCUGACCCACCGACCACUUUUCUUUGUUCCUCAAGUGGAUGAGGGUAAAAGGCGGUCUUACUGUGAGAGUGGUGAGAGUGAAUGCAGUGGUAGUCGGGCAAGCAGUCGGGUGGUAACACCAGAGCCCUCCACUCCGACAUCAGCAUCAGGCGUGGCACCAACAACUGUGUGCCCCAGUCCUGACCACUGUGAGGAAGGAGCAGCAGCCAUUGUUACCUCCCCUCCACCACCUCCACCUCCACCUUCACCACCACCACCUCUGCCACCUUGUGAGUCAUCAAAUGGAGCGGCUAUACUGACUGGGUCACCUGUUAUCCCUUUUGGAGCAACAGGUGGCUGUACCCAAGUAGGAGAAACAACACCAGUUGAGAUUCAUGAGGACAGAAGGCGACAGGAAGAGUCCAGAGAUGGCAGUGAUGAUGAGAAGGCCCCCACACCUCCCCCUCGACCUCAUCACCGCCUCUCCCGUCCCAUUCCUCCCCAUCCACCCCCCCUGCCCCAGCAGUGCCCCCCAACCCCGACACAUCAUGCCCGCCGCACCCAUACAUCUGCUGGUGGAAGUGAUCAGGAGAUUGAGCGGCAUGGACGCACUAUGCGCCUUCCCUCUAUUCCUGAGAGAACCAUUAAGUUUCAAAGGGUAGAGACCCAACCUGGAGAGGAACCACUGCCUGUCAAUUGGGAGGCCCGUAUUGACAGCCAUGGCCGCAUCUUUUACAUUGAUCAUAUUAACCGCACCACCACAUGGCAGCGACCAUCUGGCAAUGAUUCGGCUCAGACUCAGAGGAACCAGUCCACAGAUCGUAUUCAGAGGCAACAGCUAGACAGAAGAUAUCAGAGUAUUCGUCGGACCAUCACUUCCAGACGGAUAGAAGUUGAGGAGGCGCCUCCAGGUGCUGCAUCUGCUGCUACUCUGCCCUCCUCAGCUUCCACACCCUCACUAGCAACAGCAGCAGGUCCUCCUCAGGCAAUGUCAUCCUCCACCACAUCCUUCACUAGCAGUGCAGCUCCACCAGAUCUCUCACCUUCUACACCUUCAGCUGUUCAGUCACCCACAUCAACUACCUCUACAGUUUCUUCUACCACUCUUCCUACUCCCUCAAGUUCAGGAACGUCUUCCUCAUCUACUCCUUCAUCUUCCACAUCCUCAUCAUCUUCAUCCUCCUCAGUAACCAGUGAGAGGCUAGAUAUGUUGCUGCAGUUGCCAGCUGUCAAGUUCCUCACCAGAUCAGAUUUCUUCAGUGUCCUCCACAUGAAUGAUGAGGCAUGUUGUGUGUAUGAAAGGAGUGCAUCUCUCAGACACAUGAUCUCUCGGAUUCGCCGAGAUCCAGCAGCUUUUGCCCGCUAUCAACACAAUAGAGAUUUGGUCAGCUUGGUCAAUCAGUUUGCAGACAUAGAACGUGAUUUACCACGAGGCUGGGAGGCAAAAUAUGACCGGUCAGGGAAGCUGUUUUUCAUAGAUCAUUCUAGCAAGACUACUUCCUUCAUGGAUCCCAGACUACCCAUUGAUGUGCCAUUCAUCAAUGCCAGCAAGCUAGCUCUGCCAAGUACCCACCAUCGCAGGUCUCGCUCUCCUGCUGAAGAUGAUGGUUCUCGGGUGCCCAUUCCCCCGCCACGCCCACCCACCACUAUUGGCAGUGUUUGUGGGGGCAUCGCUGCACACGUCACCCCUAACAUUCCUACUGCCUACAAUGACAAGGUGGUUGCUUGGCUGCGUCAGCCAAAUAUUAUGGAUAUCCUGUGUGAACGUCACAGUGGUCUGCGCACCUCCCCAGCACUCAGGGAUAAGGUCACAGCCAUCAGGAUGGAUGGAACAGCAGCUCUUGAUCGUCUUAGUCAUGAUGUAGACCUCAUCAUAGUUCUAAGUUUAUUUGAACACGAGAUCAUGUCAUACGUGCCUCCCUCUGUGGGUAUGUCCCCACGUGGCUCUCCCCAGCCCUCUCCCCAGGCCUCCCCCGGACUGGCUCGAGCCAAUGCUCGGGCUCAUGCGCCUUACCGGAGGGACUUUGAGGCCAAGCUCAGGAAUUUCUACCGGAAACUGGAGGGCAAAGGCUAUGGCCAAGGGCCAAAUAAGCUGAAACUCAAUAUUCGCCGUGACCAUCUGCUGGAAGAUGCCUUCAACAAAGUGAUGGGUGCAAGUAAAAAGGAUCUUCAGAAGUCCAAACUGUAUAUAACAUUCCAUGGCGAAGAAGGGUUGGACUAUGGGGGACCAUCCAGAGAAUUUUUCUUCCUUUUGUCAAGAGAAUUAUUCAAUCCAUAUUAUGGACUCUUUGAAUAUUCUGCCAAUGAUACCUACACAGUUCAGAUUUCUCCCAUGUCAGCCUUUGUGGAUAACUACCAUGAAUGGUUCAGGUUUUGUGGGCGGGUGUUAGGGCUCGCCUUGGUUCACCAGUAUCUGUUAGAUGCCUUCUUCACUCGUCCUUUCUACAAAGGUUUGCUACGUAGCCCUGUCUCUCUGUCGGAUGUGGAGUCCUUGGACAGUGAGUUUCACCAAAGUCUGUUGUGGGUAAAAGAUAAUGACAUCACUGACAUGUUGGAAUUAACUUUCUGUGUCACUGAGGAAAUUGGAGGCCACGUGGUAGAAAAGGAUCUCAAACCUGGAGGAAAGAAUAUUGCUGUCACUGAGAGAAAUAAAAAGGAAUACCUAGAGCGAAUGGUUCGGUGGAGGCUGGAGCGAGGAGUCAGUGAACAAACUGAGAGCCUGGUGCGUGGCUUUUAUGAGGUAAUUGACCCUCGACUUGUGGGGGUGUUUGAUGCCCGGGAGCUGGAGUUGGUCAUUGCUGGUACACUGGAGAUUGAUGUGGCUGAUUGGAGGAAGAACACUGAAUAUAGAUCUGGGUACCAUGAUUCUCACCCGGUAAUACAUUGGUUCUGGCUGGCUAUUGAGCGCUUUGACAAUGAACGGCGGCUCAGACUAUUGCAGUUUGUCACUGGCACCUCUAGUGUGCCUUAUGAGGGAUUUGCUGCCCUCAGGGGCAGCAAUGGCCCUCGAAGGUUCUGCAUUGAAAAGUGGGGCAAGCCUUCCAGCCUUCCCAGGGCUCACACUUGCUUCAAUCGGCUGGAUCUACCACCCUACCCAUCUCCUGAAAUGUUGUAUGAGAAGCUUCUCCUUGCUGUAGAAGAGACCUCAACCUUUGGCAUAGAGUAAAAGUAUUCAGUAUUUUACGCAACUACUGCACCACCUCCUCAGAAUUUAGGCAUUCACCAGAUAUCUCAAGAUAACAUAGGAUAUUCAUAGUGGCAGCUAGAGAGAUAUGAUCUGCCAUAUGUCAUGUUGUAUGAUCAUGUAUGUAUGGACUUGGAUUGGCUCUUAUUAACUUAUAUUUUAGUUCAGAGAGAUCACACACACAUACAUAUACAAGAAUACAGACAUUUUUUUACUUUACCUCUUAGCUUUUUUUUUUUUUUUUUUUUUUCGUGUGUGUGUGUGUGUGUGUGUGUGUGUGAUGAAUUAGGGAAGUUUUCAAUAAAAUCCUAAUAUUUGUUUGAAAGAUAGUGAAUGACUUAUAGUUUCUAAAUUCUGUAAUAUUUUCUCUUAGUAUUAUUAAUUUAGAAUGGGUUUACAAAUAUGUUUUCGUAAGAAAUAGCCAAGUACAUGAAAACUAACAAAUUUAAGAAGACCUAGACAUCUCAUUUUUCAUGUAACUUUCUUUGUUUUAUGACCGAUGAAGAUUAAUUACACAUAUGUAUUUUCACAACUCUGCAAGACAUCUCAUUUUUUCAUGUAACUUUCUUUGUUUUAUGACCGAUGAGGAUAAGUUACACAUCUGUACUUUCACAACUAUGCUGUUCUCACAUACAGUAGUACAGGUGUGUCCCAUGACUAAAGAAGUAUUUUUCUUGUGAUAUUACUAUAAAAUUUAUUAAUGGCAUGAAGAUGUUUCCAGAACUUGGUCAGAACCUCAAAGAAAUAGUAACCUUGAUGCAGUGGGUUGCAUUUCUUUGCUGCUUCAUGGCCUGCCUUUCUUGCUUCUGUCAUGAUCUUACAAAAUGUAUUUUCACUAUGUUACCAUCAUAGCUCAAGUAGCCAUGCUGUGGCAGGUGGCCUCAUCACUCCUGCAUCACUUAUGCCCUAUCCUAGCAGUUAUUCUGAGCAAGUGAGGUGGUGCCACUUAGAGACCAAGAGCAUUACAUAUGGCAGUUCAGGAUCAUUCUCCUGUUCUUUCCUGUGAUGGGUGUUGAAACAUAUAUCUCCACGUUCAGUGGGUUAAUAAACAUUUUGAAAUGUUGAUCUUAGGAGCAUGCACUUUUCUGAGGACAUAACUCCAGUGCCAAAUGCAGUCUGCCUGUAGUCAUGAUAAACAUUGCUAUUUUUAUGUUGUCCAAAUGUAUGUUUUCUUGUGAAUUCAGGCAGUCAGCAGUUUUUUUUUUUUUUUUUUUUUUUUUUUUUUUUUUUUUAGCAUUAACUUUACUUAUAUAUAUUGCAGCUUUAGGUAAAAGAAAAAGCCUCAUUAAAUUUUGCUCUCUCUCUCUCUCUCUCUCUCUCUCUCUCUCUCUCUCUCUCUCUCUCUCUCUCUCUCUCUCUCUCUCUCUCUCUCUCUCUCUCUCUCUCUCUCUCUCUCUCUCUCUCUCUCUCUCUCUCUCUCUCUCUCUCUCUCUCUCUCUCUCUCUCUCUCUCUCUCUCUCUCUGUGACACACACACACACACACACACACACACACACACACACACACACACACACACACACACACACACACACGCACAUGCACACACACACACACACACACACACAUUUAGUGCUAUUACUUUUAGUGCCAAGAACCAUUACCCCAAAAUGUGAUAAUUUACUUUUAAGAGUAUGUUUUGCCUCACUUUUUACACAAAAUAGGUAUUACUUCUCUGUUCAUAAUGUAUAUACACUUUGCUCACAACACUGGUGUCAGAUAUAAGACAUCUGUGACAAUUUUUCUUGGGCUUCUUCAUUCAUACAGUAAGAGGCAGACACCCGAACUAAGGCUCAUUAUUGCCAUUUACAAGGCCAGUCUUCAGAGUAUUGAUUCAACAAAUAGAUGGUAAGUUAAUAUUUAUCUUGUGGUUGUAAACUGUGGUUGCAUCGAACCAGCAGUAUAAGGAGGGGUAAAGUUGUCUGUAGUGCAGCUCUUGAAGUAUGGGAACAUUUAUUCCAUUUUAGUAGGAAAGCUUUCCUGAUAUAUUGCAUAGAAUAGGUAGCAGUGAAAAUUUUCAUACAUUUCCAUUAUAUCUAUGUAAAUAAAGCAUUUCUUUUUAUGAUGUGAAUGAGGGCUUUGUUGCCACUCAUAUAUCCCCAGCAAUAAUUCUUAAACUGUUAUUGCGCUUUUUUUCAUUUAGGGAUUGAUUGUUUUUAUCUUAAUAUUUAUAGGACACAAUGCCUAUUAUAUACAUCAAUUAUUCUAAUUAGAGUACUUCAUUAUUGUUAGGGAAUUUUAUAUUUCUCUGUAAAAUAUUUUAUUGGUAAGAAUUAUGUUAAUGAAGCAUUUUCACGUAUGUCAUCAGUUUUGACCAUUAGAUAUCUUGUGAUGGUCUUUUAUACACUCUUGAUUCUGUUUCAUAUUACUGCAUUUAUGGUAUUAUUGUUGAUGACAGUGCAAAAGUUAUUUUAUUAUAAAAUAUUUGUCUACCUAAAUUUGGUAUAAGUUUUAUAUUCCAUUGACAUCUGUUGAGUUCCAUAUGGAAACAUUUUAAUUUAUUUGAAGAAUAUCUUCUUUAUCAUAUCAGCAUUAGGUCAGAAUAUUAUUUCACUACAGUUUUUCAACUAAUAAAAGUGGGGCAAUAAAAUCCCAUAUUUAAGCUUAUUGUCUGUGAGUAAAAAUAAUGUUUUGUAGUUGUCAGAGAAUUUUAUCCUUGGCCACAUCUGUAAAAUUAAAA